UAUAAAUACCGCCCACCAACGUCUGGUGGUAUCAAAGAAUCUCCUCUAUCUCUGGCAGCCGCAUCGUCUCAAUCUCAGUCACUCCCGGACACGCGCACGAGCCACCCCGCAGCCAACCAACCAACCCAUGGACGCGGGCGGAACGCCGCCGCCGCUGCCGCUGCUCCUCCUGGCCGCGGCGGCCGCCCUGCUGGGCGCGGCGCUCGGGUGGCUGCUCCUGGCCUGGCGGUCGGCGGCGAGGCCGGGGCGGCUGCCGCCGGGCAGCACGGGGCUGCCGCUCAUCGGGGAGACGCUGCGCCUCAUCGCGGCGUACAAGACGCCGAACCCGGAGCCGUUCAUCGACGAGCGCGUGGCGCGGCACGGCAGCGGGGUGUUCACGACGCACGUGUUCGGCGAGCGCACCGUGUUCUCCGCGGACCCGGCCUUCAACCGCCUGCUCCUGGCCGCCGAGGGCCGCGCCGUCAGCUGCAGCUACCCGUCGUCCAUCGCCACGCUGCUGGGCCCGCGCUCGCUGCUCCUCACCGCCGGCCCCGCGCACAAGCGCCUCCACUCGCUCACGCUCGCCCGCCUCGGCCGCCCGGCCUCGCCGCCGCUGCUGGCGCACAUCGACCGCCUCGUCCUCGCCACCGUGCGGGACUGGGGCCGGCCAGGCGCCGGCGCCGGCCCCGCCGCCGUCGUCCGCCUCCUCGACGAGGCCAAGAAGAUCACCUUCAACCUCACCGUCUGGCAGCUCGUCAGCAUCGAGCCCGGGCCCUGGACCGAGAGCCUCCGCCGCGAGUACGUCAAGCUCGUCGACGGCUUCUUCUCCAUCCCCUUCCCAUUCGCCUACCUCCUCCCUUUCACCGCCUACGGCCAGGCCCUCAAGGCGAGGAAGAAUGUGGCUGGAGCUCUUCGGGAGGUGAUAAGGAAGAGGAUGGGCGAGGAGGCCGGAACUGGCCCUGGCGCCGGUAGAAAUGGGGAGAAGAAGGACAUGGUGGAGGAGCUUCUGGAAGCAGAGGGUGGGAGCUUCUCGGUAGAGGAGAUGGUGGAUUUCUGCCUGUCUCUGCUGGUGGCUGGCUACGAGACCACCUCCGUGCUCAUGACGCUCGCCGUCAAGUUCCUCACCGAGACGCCCACUGCACUGGCGCAGCUCAAGGAAGAGCACGACAGCAUCAGACACAGGAAAGGCAAGGACGAGCAGCCUCUGCAAUGGAGCGAUUACAAGUCGAUGCCGUUUACACAAUGCGUGAUCAGUGAGACGCUGCGCGUGGCUAACUUGAUCAGCGGGGUGUUCAGGCGGGCGAACGCCGACAUCCAUUUCAAAGAUUACGUUAUCCCAAAGGGCUGCAGAAUCUUCGCGUCGUUCCGAGCCGUGCACCUGAGCCCCGAGCACUACGAGAACGCUCGCGCCUUCGACCCCUGGAGAUGGCAGCAGAGCAAGAAGGAGGGAGUACGAGUAGUAGGCCAGGACGCGCAGCAGGGGGGCAGCGUGUUCACUCCCUUCGGCGGGGGGCCUCGCCUGUGCCCGGGCCACGAGCUUGCCCGCGUGGUGGUCUCCGUUUUCCUCCACCGUCUGGUGACGCGCUUCAGCUGGGAAGAGGCUGAGGAGGACAGGGUCGUCUUCUUCCCCACCACCCGCACCCUCAAAGGGUACCCCAUCAUCCUGCGGCGGCGACCGGGUUGGGAUGUCUGACCUCAUCAUGUUACAAUAGAGUCGAUCCAUCUAUAGUUGUUACCCUCAUCUCUCUCUCUCUCUGUCUGUCUGUAAUAACACUACUAUCUAAUAUAAACAAGCAUCUCCGCUCUCUUCUGUUCAA